CGUCCUUCAAAUCUUGCAACUCUCGUUUGUUCUCAUUUUAUCUUUUUUCUCUCUCUAAAAUUCUAGAGCGAGAAAAGGGAGAGAGAUCAAAGUGGUGCAACAGUUCAAUUGAUGAACAAGUGAUUGACUAUUGAUAUCUCCUUUUGACUUUCCAAUUCAUGUUCUCAAUUUCCCUUUGAUUUCUCCUUCUGGGAUUUUUUUCCCCUCCCCCUCCUCAAUUUGAUACUCAUUUUUUGAAGGUUUCACACUGGAACAAUUGUUGGAAAAAAAAAUCUCCAAUGGUUGAGUUUUUCUUGUUCUCUGUUUGGUCUUAAAUGUGCCAUCAUGAUCAUCAAAAGCAUAUGAACAACAAAGUGGGGUUUGCAAGGAGUAAUGUUCAUUGGAUUGGUGAACCAAUAUUUUUCCAGAAUUGGCAUUAUCUUUGGAGGAUUUGAUAUUUUCUGGUGAUCAUGGGUUGUGCAAGUUCAAAGCAAAAGAAAUGUCGGCGAUGCAAUGCUCCUUAUUCUCCUGCUCCUAGAAGCUAUUCAAUGCACGUUCAUCACCCACCUCUAGCAGAAGGUGAUAGCUACCACGUUGUGGCACUCACUUCCACAACAUUGGGCACUCUCAAACUCAAUUCCCCUGCUCCAACUCAAAAUUUUUCUGGGAAUUGUAACCAUGAUUUCAAGCUUUCCAAUGGCAAGCUUGGAAACGCUGAAAGUUUCAGGUUUGAUAGUGAAAGCUUUGUGCAAAGGCUUGAGGAGGAGAAGGAGAAGAAGAGUGAGGUAUUGGAGAAAGACAAAAAAGAAGAGUUCUCAAUGGGUUUAAUUGAGGCCAAGACUUGGUCCAACAUGAUUGAGCAAAAGUUGCCAAAAGUUUUUCCCAAGACCCCAAUUAGAACACCACCUGGUGAGCCUGAGACAAUCAACACAUGGGAACUCAUGGAAGGCCUUGAAGACACCACGCCUUUCCGGUCGCCGAUCCACUUCCGGAGCUUCUCCUUUGAUUUCAAUGGUGGUGAUGAUGUUGGUGACGGUGAUCUUGAUGUUGAUGUUGAUCCACCCAAGAUGAGUGUUGUUGCUUCUCCAAAACCCAUGUGGCUUCUCAUGACUGAGGAGGAGUCAAGACUCAACCCUGCAAUCUCAGAUUUUGAUCCUGAAGUGAUUUCCGCAUUCAGGAAGUCCUUGCAACAGCUCUCUCCGGAUAGCCCCUUCCACCUUCGACCGGAGCCGGGUGACCAAGACAAGCAAGGGACUAAAAAGGGGUCCUCAUUUGAGGAAAAUGACUUUGUUGUGGAUGAUGUCAAGGUUGAUGAUCCAUGUGGGAAGGACAAGUUGCUGUUGUACUUCACUAGCUUGCGCGGUGUGCGAAAGACUUACGAGGAUUGCUGCCAAGUGAGGAUGAUUCUGAAGGGAUUGGGAAUAAGAGUGGAUGAGAGGGAUGUGUCAAUGCAUUCAGGGUUCAAGGAAGAGCUUAAAGAGCUAUUGGGUGAUGGCCAUGGUGGUUUAGGAUUGCCAAGGGUGUUUCUUGGGGGGAAUUACAUUGGUGGAGCUGAGGAAAUUCAGAGGCUGCAUGAGGAUGGGAAGCUUGAGAAGCUUUUGGGUUGCUGUGAGAAGAUUGAGGACAGUGUUGGAGGUGAUGGAGUAGGGGGAGUGUGUGAGGCUUGUGGGGAUAUAAGGUUUGUUCCUUGUGAAACCUGUUGUGGAAGCUGUAAAAUUUACUACGAAGGUGAUGAAGAUGAAAAUGAAGAAGAAUAUGUUGACGGUGAAGUAGGGGAGUGUGGAUUCCAGCGUUGCCCUGAUUGCAAUGAAAAUGGACUAAUUCGUUGCCCCAUGUGUUGCUGUUAGUUCUCAAUUUCCAGGUGACAUUUAACAAGAGGUACUGAAAAACCAAAUUUUGAGUUUUUUGUUCUUCAGGGCAUUUUGUAUUUUGUGAGAUUUUGUUGUACAGUCAAGUUUUUUUAAUGUACUGAUACUUACUAGUGAAAGAGUCAAUAACGUGUUCUAAUCACUCCCCUCUGCAUAAUCAGUGCAGUUUUCUACAUAGUGUAUACUUUUUCAUUUUCCCUUUUGUACACAAAUUGCCUUUCUUGCAAAAUCAAGGAGAAAUGCAAAAGAGAAUUAUAAGGUUAGUUGCUAUCAUUUGCAUUCUUCAUAAUAUGUCCUCCCUUUUACAAUUUCAAAGAUGUAAUGUAAUGUUUGAAAGUUGUUGCAUUGGGGGCCUUGAAGCAUUCUAGGCCUAGUGUUGAACCUGCCUUGAGCUAAUUACAGAAUGCACUUGAGGGUGUGGGGUUUAUGAGCUCAA